AUGGCCGAAGCAGUUUUCCAUGCCCCAAAGAGGAAGAGAAAAGUAUAUGAGUGUUAUGAGUCUCCAUUGCCGAUCCCUUUUGGUCAGGACCACGUUCCUAAGAAAGAAUUCAAGCUGUACCGUGCCGAAAUGAUGAACAACAAUGUAAUUGUGAGGAACACAGAGGAGAUUAAGCAGCUUUAUGGAAAAGGUUAUUUUGGAAAAGGUAUCCUGUCAAGAAGCCGUCCAAACUUCACAAUUUCAGAUCCUAAGCUGGUUGCUAAAUGGAAAGAUACGAGGACAAGCAUGCCCAUAAUCACUGCAAAAAAGUACCAGCGUGGUGUAGAAUGGGCGGCAGAGCUCCUGUGUAGGCAGGGACAAGAGGAAAGUGCCGUGCACAGCAUCCUCCAGGACUACACCAAGCCACUUGAACACCCUUGUUUGCAAGGGUCCAAAACGACUUGUUUUCAGGAUGAGCUCAGCUCUGCAGUGGAUCUCAGUGAGGAAGGUGCAGCGGGUAGAGAGAAACUUUCUGUGAUGCACAGAGACACAGCAGAGUCAGGUGAUGAGGACAGCCUGAGCAAGCCAUCUGCCUGCCCACAGCAGGGCUCUGGGCAGGGCACCAUAACUGCAAACAACCCUGAUGGACUCACCGUAGAGGAUGCUGCACCCUUGCCCCAUGCCCAGCCCGUCCACUGUGAUGACCUCAUCCCACAACAUGGCUCUCAGCAAGCAGAUCUCCUGUCUGCCAGAGAGAGCCGGGCAGGUCACGAGUACGUGCUGGUGGAGGAAGUGGUUAGUGACGUGAGUGUGGGAGAGGCUGCACUGAGCAAGGAAUCGGUGCAAACCAAGAGACUAAUAUGCAGAAGAAAUCCAUACAGGAUCUUUGAGUAUUUGCAGCUCAGCCUGGAGGAGGCCUUUUUCCUGGUCUACGCUCUGGGGUGUCUGAGCAUUCACUAUGAAGAGGAGCCUCUAACGAUCAUGAAGCUCUGGAAAGCUUUUGCUGCAGUUCAGCCUUCGUUCAGGACCACAUAUAUGGCUUACCAUUACUUUCGAAGCAAGGGCUGGGUGCCUAAGGUGGGACUCAAGUAUGGAACAGACCUGCUGCUGUACCGGAAAGGCCCUCCAUUUUACCAUGCCAGUUACUCUGUCAUUGUCGAGUUAGUUGACGACCGUUUUGAAGGAUCUCUUCGUAGACCUUUCAGUUGGAAGUCCCUGGCUGCUCUCAGCAGAGUUUCACUUAAUGUCUCUAAGGAACUUAUGCUGUGCUAUUUGAUUAAACCCUCUACCAUGACUGACCAAGAAAUGGCGUCACCAGAAUGUAUGAAAAGAAUUAAAGUUCAGGAGGUGAUCGUAACUCGGUGGGUGUCUUCACGAGAGAGGAGUGACCACGAUGAACUUUAA